AUGUAUCAUCCAAACAUGUUCGAGUCUCAUCAUCAUAUCUUCGAUAUGACCCCGAAAAACUCCGAUAACGAUUUAGGUAUUACCGGAAGCCGAGAAGAGGAUUUCGAGACUAAGUCCGGUGCAGAAGUCACCAUGGAUAAUCCUUUAGGUGAAGAGCUUCAAGAUCCUAAUCAACGACCUAACAAAAAGAAGCGUUACCACCGUCACACGCAACGCCAGAUUCAAGAGCUUGAGUCGUUCUUUAAGGAAUGUCCUCAUCCAGACGAUAAGCAAAGAAAAGAGCUGAGUCGCGAGCUAAGUUUAGAACCUCUUCAAGUCAAGUUUUGGUUCCAAAACAAACGCACUCAAAUGAAGGCGCAUCAAGAGAGGCACGAGAACCAGAUUCUGAAGUCAGACAACGACAAGCUCAGAGCAGAGAACAAUAGAUACAAGGAUGCUCUAAAUAACGCAACAUGUCCAAACUGUGGUGGUCCUGCGGCAAUAGGAGAAAUGUCAUUUGAUGAGCAGCAUUUGAGGAUCGAAAAUGCGCGUCUACGUGAAGAAAUCGAUAGGAUCUCUGCCAUAGCUGCUAAAUACGUAGGGAAGCCAUUAUUGACUAAUUCCCCAUCUUUCCCUCAGCUCACUUCUUCUCACCAUGUUGCCUCGCGCUCGCUUGAUCUUGAAGUUGGAAACUUUGGGACUAAUAACAGUAACCAGACGGGUUUCGUAGGGGAAAUGUAUGGAACAAGCGACAUUUUGAGGUCGGUUUCGAUCCCUUCUGAGGCUGAUAAGCCCAUGAUUGUCGAGCUAGCGGUUGCAGCUAUGGAAGAGCUUGUGAGAAUGGCUCAAACUGGUGAUCCCUUGUGGGUUUCAAGCAAUAAUUCGGUAGAGAUUCUCAAUGAAGAAGAGUACUUUAGAACGUUCCCAAGAGGAAUCGGACCGAAACCUAUUGGUUUGAGAUCAGAAGCUUCAAGAGAGUCCACUGUCGUUAUCAUGAAUCAUAUCAAUCUCAUUGAGAUCCUAAUGGAUGUGAAUCAAUGGUCUAGUGUGUUCUGCGGGAUUGUAUCGAGAGCAUUGACGCUUGAAGUUCUCUCAACCGGCGUUGCAGGGAACUACAAUGGGGCACUACAAGUGAUGACAGCAGAGUUCCAAGUCCCGUCACCGCUUGUCCCGACCCGUGAGAACUACUUCGUAAGGUACUGUAAGCAGCAUAGCGACGGUAUUUGGGCCGUUGUUGAUGUCUCUUUGGACAGCCUGCGACCGAGUCCUAGUCCGAUCACUAGAAGCAGAAGAAGACCAUCUGGUUGUCUGAUUCAAGAAUUGCAGAAUGGUUAUUCCAAGGUAACAUGGGUAGAGCAUGCUGAGGUGGAUGAUAGAUCGGUUCACAACAUGUAUAAACCACUGGUUAAUACCGGUUUAGCUUUUGGUGCGAAACGUUGGGUGGCUACACUUGACCGUCAAUGCGAGCGGCUCGCUAGUUCGAUGGCCAGCAACAUUCCCGCUAGUGAUCUUUCCGUGAUAACAAGCCCUGAGGGGAGAAAGAGCAUGCUGAAACUGGCGGAGAGGAUGGUUAUGAGCUUCUGUAGUGGAGUUGGCGCGUCGACUGCACACGCGUGGACGACAUUAGCCGCAACAGGAUCCGACGAUGUUCGGGUUAUGACCCGAAAGAGCAUGGAUGAUCCAGGAAGGCCUCCAGGAAUUGUCUUGAGUGCUGCUACUUCUUUCUGGAUCCCUGUGGCUACAAAAAGAGUGUUUGAUUUCCUUAGAGACGAAAACUCGAGAAGCGAGUGGGAUAUACUUUCGAACGGAGGUUUGGUUCAAGAAAUGGCUCAUAUCGCAAACGGUCGUGAUCCGGGGAAUUGUGUCUCCUUGCUUCGAGUCAAUAGUGGGAACUCAGGACAGAGCAACAUGUUGAUCUUACAAGAAAGUUGUACGGACGCAUCAGGAUCAUAUGUGAUAUACGCACCAGUCGAUAUAAUGGCAAUGAACGUAGUCCUUAGUGGAGGCGAUCCGGAUUACGUCGCUUUGUUACCAUCCGGAUUCGCUAUAUUGCCUGAUGGCUCAGUAAAAGGAGGAGAAGGAAAUGGUGGUCCCGGAACCGAAGGAGUAGAAGGAAAUAAUCUUGAAGUGGUUACUACUGGGAGUAGUUGUGGUUCACUACUUACUGUAGCGUUUCAAAUACUUGUGGACUCUGUUCCAACCGCUAAACUCUCUCUUGGGUCAGUUGCUACAGUCAAUAGUCUGAUCAAAUGCACGGUCGAGCGGAUUAAAGCCGCAGUGGCCUGCGAUGGAACUUGA